CCAGUGUUAUCACAUCCGGCGUACGUUAGAGCGCAGUGUUUAGAUCUGUUUACAAACUUUAAGCAUUAAAUCUCUGUUAUAAUGUCCCGGGGAUCGAGCGCGGGGUUUGACCGACACAUCACCAUCUUUUCUCCGGAGGGGAGACUCUAUCAAGUCGAAUAUGCAUUCAAGGCCAUUAAUCAGGGAGGUCUGACGUCAGUAGCUGUUCGAGGGAAAGACUGUGCAGUUGUUAUUACCCAAAGGAAAGUUCCAGAUAAGCUUCUGGAUUCAUCCACAGUCACUCAUUUAUUCAGAAUAACAGAGAACAUUGGCUGUGUGAUGUCCGGCAUGACAGCUGACAGCAGGUCGCAGGUGCAGAGAGCGCGAUAUGAAGCCGCUAACUGGAAGUACAAAUAUGGUUAUGAGAUCCCGGUGGACAUGCUGUGCAAGCGCAUUGCAGAUAUCUCUCAGGUGUACACGCAGAACGCAGAGAUGAGGCCGCUCGGAUGCUGUAUGAUCGUGGUUGGUGUGGACGAGGAGCUCGGGCCGCAGGUCUACAAAUGCGAUCCUGCUGGAUAUUACUGCGGUUUUAAAGCCACUGCUGCGGGAGUCAAACAAACAGAGGCCACCAGCUUUCUGGAGAAGAAGAUUAAGAAGAAACUGGACUGGACCUUUGACCAAACAGUGGAGACUGCCAUCAGCUGCUUGUCUACAGUUCUGGCCAUCGACUUCAAGCCAUCCGAGCUGGAGAUCGGAGUCGUGACCACAGAAGAGCCCAAGUUCAGAAUUUUGUCUGAGUCUGAGAUCGACACUCAUCUGAUGGCUCUGACUGAACGAGAUUGAGAACUGGAUGAGUGUUUAUCCUGUGACAGAGAAAAACAUCUGAGAACUACAAUCUUGUCAAUAUUCAGGUCAUCUGAUCAUUUUUUUUGCUGUUUAUGUAGCUUUUUUCUUGCAACAGUACAAUAAAAUUAUCGUUUUGGAAAA